UGAGCAGCACGCAUCAGUCGAUUUUUUGCGAAUUUUGCAACAACCUAGCACAAUACAAUUUUAACACCAUGGCAAAAUUUUUCCAAACUAUUUUUCUCAGUCUUCUAUUCACGAUAAUUUCCGCUCAAAAUGUUAUCCCCCCAGAAACUCAGACACAAAUUGACGCUCUCGUCGAAGCAUUAAUGCAGACCGAACACGUGCCAGCCUUUGCCCUAUCAAUUACCAAGAACAAUGGUGAAAUCUUGUACAACAAAGGGUACGGAUUGCGCGACCGGGAAAAGAAUGUUACCGCCGAUGCCGACACUUUAUUCGGAAUCGGCUCCGUUACAAAAAGUUUUACUGCCGUUGUUAUCGUGAAAUACCUUUCGGAACGGUUUCCGGACUUGGGAGCGUCCGUGCUCGACACGCCGAUUCGAGUGCUAGCUCCCAGCUACAAUUUCACCCUGGGAGACAAGUACCGGUCGGAGAAGGUGACAUUUAAAGACCUCUUGGCACACAGGGUCUGCACUCUGCCGGAAUCUGUAGGCAUGUGGGUAGAGGCCUACGAAGGGGAAGAUGACUUCUAUUAUAGACAACGCUAUGCUCCAGAGUCGUGUGGGUUUAGAGACGGAUUUCUCUACAAUAAUGGACUCAUCGGAAUGGCAGGACACAUUGUGGCUCACAUGGCAAAUUCUACCUAUGAAGAGAUGUUGUCCAAUCUUCUAAUUUCCAUUGGAAUGAAUGACACCACACUGAUAAAGCAUACCGAUGAUCAUGACAACAUGAUGAAUCGAGCUCUCCCAUACAUCUGGAAGGGCAAUCAACUCAUCCGAUAUAAUUCCGAACUCUUAAAAAGUGUCGUCUAUGCUAACCCGGCCGGUGGCAUAUUAAGUUCCUCAAACGAUAUGGCGAAAUACAUGCAAUUUCACCUAAAUCGGGGGAAAGUUGGGACCACACAAGUCGUGUCUGAGGAAGCUAUGGGCUGGCUACGAAUUCCAGCAAGCUCGAUAUUCUCCGGAGUCCUAAAAACCGACCAGAAUCCCGACGUCCUAAUUAACGUCGGAGUUGGAUACGGUCUUUGUCUCGGCGUCACAGUUUAUGACGGUUAUCUGCAAGUUUGGCAUAACGGGUAUAUCCCACCGUUUCAAUCCUUGCUCAAUACCUAUCCACAUUUGGGCUUGGGUAUCUUUUCCUCGAGCAGUGGUCCUGGUUCACUCACGACCCUUACGCACACCGUCCUACAUAACGCUAUCUUCCACAUAUUACAGCAUAAUGAUACCAGCCAGAAAAUUUCGUUCCCAGAGAUUUUAGACGCUCUCCCACAAAAGCGUGAUAAUCAAAGUGUAAUCAAAAACCAGGUAAAAAAUACUUCUGAAGAGAAACAACAGCAAAUUGGUCCCAAAAUUUCUCCAGAAGAAGCCCUUGGAACGUUUGGAAGCGGAUUUAACGGUGAGUUCACGAUAUCGUUUAAAAACAACUCUGCCGGGGUCCCACAACUUCACGUUGAAUAUGGAAAAUGGGGCCUGGCCUGGCUGAAUCAAACCUCGCCAUCAACAUUUGAGCUGAUUGAGUGGGAUUCCGAUUUUUGGAUGCUGUUCUGGUCUGACAAUCAGGGCGUUAUCAAUCAAACUUUAGAGUUUGUUGAUGCCAACACUAUUCGGUACUUGGACAGUGGUAACGAAAUUGCGGCACGGUUCAUAAGAGAUCAAAAAGUUGGUGACUUGCCGGUAAUUCCAUGGGAGGAGGAGACCUGCAAAAAUAAGGGUGUUGUAGAGAUAGGCUCAUUAAUAAGUGUCAUUAUUUUAGCAAUAAUUACCAACAUGCUCAAUUAAUUUUAAUAAUGUAUAUAUGGAUAUCGUUCGAGAAUAACAGGGUAUUAAGUUUAUGGAAUAAAACCUGUUACUACUAUAAUUUUGAUA